AUGGAGCGGGCGCUGCUGCCCCGCCUGUGCCGCCGGGCCGUGCGGUUGUACCGGGCAGGGCUCCGGUUCCGAUCCAGCCGCGGGGCUGAGCAAGGAGAGCCCCGAGGCCGCGAUCCCCCCGCAUCCCUCCCGGGGUCUCGGACCGGGCAGGAGCUGUGGCGGGCACAGCAGGACUUAGCACGGGCUGGCAAGGGGAAACAGCGAAACGCGCCGUCCCUGGAGAGGACUAAAGGCUCGGAGAUCCUGUUCGGGGUAGCCCCGGUGUGGCUGGCGCUGGCCCAGGCGCGCAGGGCCCUGUUCCGCCUCUUUCUGAAGGAGCAGCGCGGCGGCGGCGGCCCCGGGCGGCCCGUGAGGGCCGAGCUCGGCCUGCAGGCCGCGGCCCGCGGGGUGCCGGUGCUGCACGUCCCGGGCCGGGCUCUGGACGUGCUGUGCCGGGGCCGGCCCCACCAGGGAGUGUGUCUGGAAGCCUCCCCGCUGCCCUUCAGGAGCCUGCGGGACGCUGAGGAGCCGCAGCCGGGGCAUGGAGAGAGCGGGAGGCGGCAGCGGCUGUGGCUGGUGCUGGAGCACAUCCAGGAUCCCAUGAACCUGGGGGCUCUGCUGCGCGCCGCCUAUUUCCUGGGGGUGGACAGAGUGGUGGCGACCCACAGCAACAGCUGCCCCUUGACUCCCAUAGUGAGCAAAGCCAGUGCUGGAGCCAUGGAGGUCUUUGAUGUGUACAGCACAGAUGACCUGCAGGGCUUUUUGAAGGCUAAAAGUGCAGAAGGCUGGGAAGUGGUGGGAACAGUCAGCAGGUCUGAGAAUGUGGAAGAUGUUCCUGUCAUCAGCUGCUCAGAAUUCCACUGGGACAAACCCCUCAUUGUAGUGAUAGGGAGUGAAGGGGAAGGACUGUCCCUGGAGACUCAGCUGCAGUGCCAGAGGAUGCUGGCCAUCCCCCCCGGCAGGGCCCUGCACCCCGGCAUCGACUCCCUCAACGUGUCUGUGGCUGCAGGUAUCCUCCUGCACUCCAUCUGCAGCCAGAGACGGAGGCAUGGAGAUUGAAAUCCUCUUUAUUUGGUGGAGGAAGCUGCUCAGUGUGGGUAUGGAAAUGCACUUCCCAGGGUCUCCACCAUCACUGUGUGUUCCAGAGAGAUCCUCAGUGACCUGAGCUGCAUUUUGGCUGCUGCAGAAGCCACCAGAUCCCUGACUUAACACCAAAGGCAGACACCUGAUGUCGUAGGUAACCCCUGGGAGGAGCUGACAGGUCUGGGAACAGCCAGUUCUGGCUGAAAACACUCAGAGAUGGCUGCCAGCACUGUGCUUGUGCACAGGGGACUUUGUGCAUCACUCAGACCGUGGGGACAACUUGGGCUGUGGGUCAGAGUGGCACUGGAAGUGCCCUGGGCGGCAGCUGGGAGUGCCAGCUGUGCUUGGGAACCACUGAAGCUGCUUUUCCUGUGUUUGGUUGUAAACCAGGUGUGCAGCCCUGCCAAGGGCUGGCAAACAGCUGGAGUGGGGGGGAACCCGUGGAAAUAAAGCUUUUGUAAAGAUUGUUUGUAGAGUCAAA